GCCGAACCCCAUGAUCAAUACAAAGAAGAGGGAGGAGAGGGUUUGCAAAAGAAGCCCAAAGGCGCCUUCUUUUUGGCAAAUCCAUGGAGAUUCUGGAAUCCUACGGCGUUGAGACUGUUGGAAUAGCCGUCGCCGUGGUCGCCGUGGCCGCCGGCGCCGCUUACUUCUACUUCGGCAAGAAAUCAAAGGGUAGCUUGGACCCUCAGAAUUUUAAGGAUUUCAAGCUUGUCGAGAAAAAUCAGCUUAGCCACAAUGUGGCAAAAUUCCGAUUUGCUCUUCCGACUCCCACUUCUGUUCUAGGUCUUCCGAUUGGCCAACAUAUCAGUUGCAGGGGAAAGGACAAUGUUGGUGAAGAGGUUAUCAAGCCUUAUACACCAACGACGCUGGACUCUGAUCUUGGUUACUUUGAACUGGUUAUAAAGAUGUAUCCUCAAGGAAGAAUGUCUCAUCAUUUUCGUGAAAUGCGAGUUGGUGACUACUUAUCUGUGAAAGGCCCUAAGGGACGUUUCAAGUAUCAGGUUGGUCAAGUCAGAGCUUUUGGAAUGCUAGCUGGAGGAUCUGGCAUAACUCCAAUGUUUCAAGUUACAAGAGCUAUACUGGAAAAUCCAACAGACAAGACCAAGGUCCAUCUUAUCUAUGCCAAUGUCACUUAUGAAGACAUCCUUCUGAAGGAAGAGUUGGACAGCCUUGCUAGGAACUAUCCAGAUCGCUUCCAGAUUUAUUAUGUGCUUAAUCAGCCCCCUGAUGAAUGGAAUGGUGGUGUUGGCUUUGUGUCCAAAGAAAUGAUUAAAGCUCACUGCCCCGCACCAGCGUCUGAUAUCCAGGUUCUGAGAUGUGGCCCACCUCCCAUGAACAAGGCCAUGGCUGCACAUCUGGAUGAUCUGGGCUACACAAAGGAGAUGCAAUUCCAAUUCUAAGGGAGUUUUGGCAUUUGGAGAUUUGUUCAUUUAACAUUUGGAAUUGAGGAGGACAGAAAUAAGAUUUGCUUGAUUUAUAUUUCAGUUCUGCAGAAUCAAUGCCCAGAGUUGGAACUUUCUAUUGUUUUACUAGACUUAUGGCAUUAUGAAACCAACAUUUUGUUGUUUACUGUA